AUGGCGACCGGAGUGGACGCCAAGCUCUUGAAGAGCACCAAAUUUCCUCCCGAAUUCAAUCAGAAGGUGGACAUGCAAAAGGUCAACAUUCAGGUCAUGAAGAAAUGGAUUGCCAGCAAGGUCACCGAGAUCCUAGCCAACGAGGAUGAUGUCGUUAUCGAGCUGGUUUUCAACCUACUUGAGAGUGGCCGCUAUCCCGACAUCAAGUCCAUGCAGAUCCAACUCACAGGCUUUCUCGACAAAGAUACCCCGACAUUCUGCAGGGACCUGUGGAAGCUUCUACUUAGUGCGCAGACUAGUCCUCAAGGUGUGCCAAAGGAGCUUCUGGAGGCCAAGAAGAUGGAAUUGAUUCAGGAGAAGGCCGAGGUGGCGGUGGUCGAUCUCGCUCACCACCGCGUUUCCGUGAUCAAAAGGACCGUGGCCCACCAAGAGGAGGACUCAGAGAUUCAUAUGUUCCCCGAGGAAGUCCGACAUUCAGACGUGGCGGAGGACGACGGGACGACAGGAGACGGCGAUCUCGAACUAGGUCGCCGUCUGUGCGGUCGAGGUCCCGCUCUCGUUCGCGGACACCCAGCGUUGACGGAAGCCGGCGAUCUGUUACUCGAUCCCCUAGCCCUCCUCCAAGACGGGGACGGAGCCGGAGUCGGAGCCGGAGCCUGUCGAGGGCUCGAAGCAAGCGCUACAGUCGGUCCGUAUCGUCUACUGGAUCUUCUCGCCUUUCCCGAUCGCGAAGCCGCACCCCGGUUAGGCGAACGCGUCGUAGUAGCCGCAGCAUUUAUCCCGAUCACCGUUCUUCUAGACGUCGAUCACGCAGCAGAAGCGGAAGCCGCAGUAUUAGCCCUCGCCGCUCACGGAGCCCUCACAGACGCUCUCGUAGAAGGGAUGAACGAGACAGCAGCGUAGAUGCUACGCCCAGGCCCGGCAGUAGAAGCCGCAGGGCCU